AUGGAUCGCUGCGGGGCCCUUUUCCUCUGCCUGUGCCUCUUGAUGUCUCAGAGCAGAACAGAGGAGGCAUCCCAAGAAAUCCUGCGCUGGAUGGAGAGAAUGGAGAUGGCAACCAGGAGCCGGAGCCUCACUUCUUUUGCUGAGCUCAUCCACGGCCUAGAGUCGAGGCUACUCAAUGCCAGCUUUGGGGGCCACAACCUCACCUUGCGGACGCACACCAUCCAGACACUAGCCUUCAAGCUGGGCUGCAACUUCACUGGUCUCUCACUGAGAAGUGCUGCUCUGGAGCAGGUCCCCCAGGUCAGAGGUGGCCAGGGAUUGGGAGUCCCACUCGCCAUGCAGUUCCCAGCUGAGCUGACCCGGGAUGCCUGCAGGGUGCGCUCCAGGGAGCUGAGUCUCAUCUGCAUCUACUUCUCCAACACCCGCUUUUUCCAGAAAGACAUCAAUUCAUCUGUGCUCAAUAACUAUGUUCUGGGUGCCCAGCUGAGCCAUGGACAAGUGAGCAACCUCAGUGAGCCGGUGAACAUCAGCUUCUGGCACAACCAAAGCCUGGAAGGCUACACAGUGAACUGUGUCUUCUGGAAGGAGGGAGCCAGCAAGCACCACUGGGGGGCCUGGAGCACUGAGGGCUGCCGCACAGAGCAGCCCUCACCUUCCCAGGUGCUCUGCCGCUGCAACCACCUCACCUACUUUGCUGUUCUCAUGCAACUCUCCCCGGCCCCGGUCCCUGCAGAGCUGCUGGCGCCUCUCACAUACAUCUCCCUGGUGGGCUGCAGCAUCUCCAUUGUGGCCUCGCUGCUCACGGUCCUGCUGCACCUCCAUGCCAGGAAGCAGAGUGAUUCCAUUACAUGCAUCCACAUGAACCUGCACGCCUCGGUGCUACUCCUCAAUGUCGCCUUCCUGCUGAGCCCCGUGCUGGCCAUGCCCCCCGUGCCUGGGUCAGCAUGCGUGGCACUGGCUGCCACCCUGCACUACGCGCUGCUCAGCUGCCUCGCCUGGAUGGCCAUUGAAGGCUUCAACCUCUACCUCCUACUUGGGCGCGUCUACAACAUCUACAUCCGCCGAUACGUGCUCAAGCUCUGUACCGUGGGCUGGGGGGUCCCGGCCUUCCUGGUGCUGCUCCUUCUCGCCGUCAAGAGCUCAGUUUACGGACCCCACAGGAUCCCGCUCUCCGACAGCCAGGGGAAUAGCACGGGCUUCCAGAGCACGUCCAUAUGCUGGGUGCGGAACCCCUGGGUGCACGGUGUCCUGGUCAUGGGCUCUGGUGGCCUCACAUCCCUUUUCAACCUGGUGGUGCUGGCCUGGGCGCUACGGGUCCUGCACAGACUGCGGGCGCAGGAGAAGGCGCUGGGCCCGCGGGCCUGCUGGGAUACCGUCACCGUGCUGGGCCUCACCGUGCUGCUGGGCACCACCUGGACCUUGGCCUUCUUCUCCUUUGGUGUCUUCCUGCUGCCCCAGCUCUUCCUCUUCACCACCUUCAAUUCGCUCUACGGUUUCUUCCUCUUCCUGUGGUUCUGCUCCCAGAGGCGCCGCUCAGAGGCAGAGAUGGAGGCAUUCAGCUCCUCCCAGAUGGUGCAGUAG